AUGCCCGGUCCUGCGGGCAGAGGGUGCGAGAGAGGGGCGAGGAAGGCAGAGAAGGUCAUUCCUAACAUAAUUCCGGUCGCCCGGGGCGACGGAAUGCACGCUAUUAGGCAACCGAAUUAUAUCUUGCCUCGAGGCACGCGGGCCACCCGUCUGGCCGUUCGCCCCUUCAUUGCGGCUUUGUGUUGGGCCAACGAGGGCCCGAGGACCGGGGGAUGGUUAUUAUCUGAGGGAGGGCGAAUCUUCACGGUCAUUGGCUGCGAUGGAGGAUAG